GCGACGCGACGCGACAACCACAUAUAGUUCACAUUUCAAUGGCUAUAACCUGUGUCAAGUGUUGUCAACCUCUGUACUGACUAUACAAAUAAGUAACGUAAACGUUUAACUUAUAUAAAUGCUAAAAAGUGUAUGGAAAAUUUAUUUACUUGAAUGAAAAUUUAUUUCUUGAUAGUAAGAUGUAUGCUUUAGUUCACAAAACAGAAAAUGCUCAUGAAGAUAGUAUAUGGACUUGUGGAUGGGGCUGUCCAAAGAGAAAGAGAGAUACCCAUCCGGAUAAUGAAGAUUCACGGGAUUCUAUACGAUCUAACGAAGAUGAAAUAGCAGAAUAUUUAGUAACAGCUUCUGUAGACGAUUCUGUAAAAGUAUGGGAGCUAAAGGAUGGUGCUUUAAAGUUAAAACAUAAAUUAACUGGAUAUUCCUUGGGUGUCGUGUCCAUAGCUAUUAGUUCGGAUGGAUCAAAAUGUGCUUCCAGCUCACUCGACUCGAGUCUAAAAUUAUGGGAUUUGCAUUCUGGCGAAAAGUUAUUGAAUAUCGAGGUUGGUCCAGUAGAUAUUUGGACACUAGUUUUUUCUCCCGACGAUAAAUUCAUCGUAUCCGGCAGCCAGGCUGGUAAGAUACAUCUGUAUGGAACCGAUAAUGGUAAACAAGAACAGACGUUAGAUACAAGAGGUGGAAAAUUCACAUUAAGUGUUGCUUAUAGUCCAGAUGGUAAAUAUAUUGCAAGCGGCGCGAUAGAUGGUAUUAUCAAUAUCUUUGACGUUGCAUAUGGAAAAGUUUUGCGUACAUUGGAAGGUCAUGCGAUGCCGAUCAGAUCUUUAUGUUUCUCACCUGAUUCUCAGUUGCUUCUUACAGCAUCUGAUGACGGACAUAUGAAAUUGUAUGAUGUUAAAGAUGCAAAUCUGGCGGGAACGAUGUCAGGUCAUGCUUCUUGGGUACUUGGUGUGGCUUUUUCACCAGACGGACAACAAUUUGCAUCGAGCAGUUCCGAUCACACAGUCAAGAUCUGGGAAUUAGCGCAAAGACAAUGUUUGCAUACAUUUCGUGAACAUAAGGAUCAGGUAUGGUCAGUCAAGUAUAAUCCACAGCGAAAUAACAUAAUUGCGUCAGUGUCUGAAGAUAAGUCUAUUAAUUUAUAUGAAUGUCCCACAUACGACAAAUAAUUGUACACCAAGGAUCAAUAAAUAUUUUUUAUUUGUUACAUCA